UGGUACAGGUCUUUGCUCCCUCUGCAUAUUCAAAUGAACAUUAGAGCAUAUAAUCUCUAUCUGUAUAUAUGCAUAAUCGCCUUGUAUGUGUCGAUUGCGUUGCGGGCGAGCAAUUCCGAUGAUUGUCCGACCGGACUGCCGGAAUUCGCUACCGGAAUGAUGUUCGGAUCGCCAGAGUUCUCCGUCGCAGGACAGCGUGGCGAGGCCAUUGUGGAGAAUGAUGAUGGUCGCAGUUCUUCGUUGUCCUCCUCUUCUAUUGGGAGGAUCAGCUAUGACUCUGCAGCUGCUGGUGAUGUCGACGGUGAUGGUGAGGAAGUGCAGAGCUCGGCAAAAGGUGGUGCUCUCGACAGUUUGGAGCACUUGGAGGAAGCUUUGCCGUUGAAGUAUGUAGCUUUGAUCCCUUUCUCGUUGUAUUUUAUUAAACUUUUUCUUCAAAUCUGCCUAUAUUAUGAAGGGUUGAAAUUAUGAGCUUACUUCAUUAGAAUCUAAAUUAGAUAUGUUAAU